CGUCAUUGGACAGUCAAUUUGCUUGGUGUCGUGUGUACCGCCGCGGUUCGAGUAUCUUUCUCGGUUACAGACCAUCAACCCCUCAUUUUACAAUAACACUGGGUUGCAGUGUAGUUCCCGUGCAAGUGCUAGUUCGGGAAGGAUUCAGAUGCCUGGCGUAGGGAAUUGUGAGUUCGGUUCCUGUUCGAUUGAUUAACUACGGAAUUGGUUUUGAAUGCUUUGUUGGAAAGAUCCUGAAUUGCAGUUCGGAUUUGAUAGGGAUAUUGCUCCGCGAAAAAGUUGUUCUUUGUUUCAUAUUGCGAAGUUUCAAGUAGGAGUUAUAGAGUUUCGGGUGUAAUACGCAGAUACAAUCCUUCCGAGGAUAUCUCUCGCGUCGCGUUUCGGUUCCUAAGUGAAGUCUAGUGUCGCUAACGGUUUUUCUACCCAACGGAGGAAAAAAAUAUUCGCGAGCAUUAACUCGUUUAGGAUUUCCACCCACACGAUCCCACAUUCCAGAGAGUCCUUAGUCCCGGCACUUAGACUACUUUAUCUGCGUCCAGCAGUUUGGGUCAUUUGGAAGGUGGAUUAUCUCGGACGGACGAACGGAUUAAAUCGAGUCAACUGUAAGUGAGUGGUAGCGCCGGAGAGUUGGGCAUGUGGGAAGGUUGUGUGGUUUGAGGGUGGCAGCUCGGCUUGCAAGGACGAUGAUGGCAACGAGGAAGCACCAGGAGCCCCAGUACUCGUAACACAGGAGUAGCAAAUAAAGUUUUCACACGGUACCUUUACGGAUAGUGCAGGCAACUGAAACGGGCAGACUGCUAACAGGCAGGGCAUGCAAUGUUGCCUGAUUGUGUGUGACAGGUGACAGGUAUAUUUACUCGGUGUAGUUACAAUAUUUCAACUGGAAUCUCGCCAUAGCUAGGCGGAAACGUAGCUUGUGCAACGCAGCGACGGAACUGUAGAUCAUCCAUUGCGAAUGCUCUAGUCUAGUAGGGGAUUCCCCGUUCAGUUUGGUGUAAUUUAACUUUCUUCGCGCUACGGUUGAGGUGGAUAGUAAACGUGAUCCUUUGUGAAAAGCAUUAUAUAUACACAAAGGAAAGUGUUCGAAAUUGUCGACGUUUCCCAGAAAAGUUAAUUCGAUUGAAAAAUAUUUUACGAAUUUCCCGUGAGGUGGUGAUGAUAAGUGCGAUUGUUUUAGUGUAAUCUAAUUAAGAAAUUAAAUAUUUUGCUUUAACUAUAAAGAAAGGAAAAAUCCCAUAAGUUGCAAAUAAUUCCUUGGGAAGUAUUGUGUCUGUGGAAUUAGUGAUCUAGUGGUGAUAACAAAGUUCUGUGAAAAGUUGGAGGAUUAUAAAGAAAGUCAUUUUGCAAAAGAUAAUCAUCUAAAGAUACUACAAAUUUAUAACUCAUCUAAUUUCCAUCAAGGAGGAAUCAUAGGAUGCAAUCCUCGAUCUAUCUGAAUACAUCCUCAUCAAACACAAACAGUGGUGAAACCAGCACCCACCGCAUGCACCAAUUAUGAACAAUUCCGCAUCUACAACACUGCCGAAAUCGAAACUUUAAUAAAGACACGCCAAGAUAGACAUGCUCUAUCAAAAGUAGUUAUCACAAGAAAAGAAAUAAAGAUACGAACGAAAUUUAUAUUUUUAUGCUGAAAACGGAUUACUAACCGUUCAAGAUGGCUCCUGCUAAUAGGCUUCCGUCUAUGACUGCGGUAGAAGAGGAACAUCAUCAUCUCGGGAAAAGUAGAAAUUUGAGUAUCUAUAGUAACUGUUGCAGUAGUACCAAUCGAAAACGUUGUUGGGAGAGGAUGUUAAUAGGAACUAUCGUUAUCCUUGUGAUGUUGUUACAUACAUGCAGUGCAGCAGAUUUUUCCUCAUGCGAGUUAGCCCUGGGUAUGGAAUCAGGUGCCAUAGCAGAUUUUCAAAUAAAUGCGAGUUCUGCACAUGACAUUGGGAAUGUCGGACCCCAGCACGCUCGAUUGAAAAUCGAUAAUAAUGGCGGUGCAUGGUGUCCUAAGCAUAUGGUGAAUCGAGGCCUUAACGAAUAUCUACAGGUUGAUUUGUUGCAAGUUCAUGUUAUAACAGCGAUACGAACACAAGGACGAUUCGGUAAGGGUCAAGGACAAGAAUUCACCGAGGCAUACGUUCUGGAAUAUUGGCGACCCGGUUUACCGAAAUGGAGACGAUGGAAAAACAUCCAGGGCGAAGAGAUACUCAACGGGAAUAUCAAUACCUACAGUGAAGUUGAAAAUAAACUUCAACCGGCAAUAUUUGCAUCAAAAAUUCGGAUAUAUCCUUAUAGCAAAUACGAUCGUACAGUUUGCCUACGAGCUGAAAUUGUUGGAUGCCUUUGGGAAGAAGGCAUUAUUUCGUACAGUAUUCCCAAGGGUGUACCGCGGGGAAUGGAAAUGGAUUUAUCGGAUAAGACAUUUGAUGGUCAGGACGAUGGAGAUCGUCUUGUUGAUGGUCUUGGGCAAUUAGUCGACGGACAAAAAGGAAAGGACAAUUUUCGGGCUGAUAAAGGUCUGGCAUGGGUUGGAUGGAGGAAUGAUACCUUUGGAACGGCAGGCAAACCUGUGGUAAUCGUGUUUGAAUUCGAUACCGUACGAAAUUUCAGUGCUGUGAUUUUGCACACGAAUAACAUGUUUUCAAAGGAUGUACAGGUCUUCGUUCACGCAAAAGUGUUCUUCAGUAUUGGCGGCCGACAUUUUGGCGGUGAACCUGUUCAAUUUUCUUACAUGCCCGACACAGUGCUGGAUCACGCACGAGACGUUACAAUUAAAUUGCAUCAUCGAAUUGGGCGUUAUGUUCAGAUACAUCUAUAUUUUGCAUUAAGAUGGAUUAUGGUUAGCGAGAUAACAUUCGUAUCAGUGCCUGUACUUGGGAAUUUCACCGAUGAAGAAAUCAAUGGCAUACCUACACCCCAGGAUAAUUCCGAGUAUCCAUUACAACGUGACGAAGUACAAUCGAAUCCAGCCAAAGGUGAACGCAAUCAUGGACCGCAUAUAAUAUCACCAAAACCGAUUGACCAAGAGCCCGAGCAGAAUUUCGUUGGAGUCAUCAUUGCCAUUCUGACCACAAUCAUUCUGCUCCUAAUCGCCGUCAUACUCUUCAUAAUCGCCAAAAAUAAACGAUCGCGCGGCACAAAUGUCCUGGAAGCGUUGCAGCAUAACUUCAAUUCGGACGGAUUAGGAGGCGAUAAGAGGCUUAAUAGCAAUAUGAAGUUGAACCAAAACUGUCAUCUAUUCCAGGUCUCGAUGGAGGAUAACGAGUCAAUUGAUAAGAGUAGUCUCUAUCACGAACCGUUCAAUGUCAAUAUGUACACGAGUGCGGCAAGUGGAUGUUCGUUAAACGAUUUGCAGAGACACCAUGUUACACCUGAUUAUACAGAUGUUCCAGAUAUCGUUUGCCAGGAAUAUGCAGUGCCGCACAUGCAGGAUUUAAUACCAAAAAUUCCGGGCGGUUAUGUUAGUGUACGCAUGACCCCACCCCCAUUGAAUAACAUUUUUCCAAAACCGCCACCGGUUCCACCGCCACCAUCCGAAAAAUAUUAUGCAGCGACAGCAAUAUGUAAACCACCGACGCCAACCACUCCGUCAACGGCACAGGUGGUGAAUCCUUAUAGUGAUGUCGAUACGAUUUCAACAGAUGAGGACCUGCAAUUGCAGGACUUUCCCAGACAGUCGUUGGUUAUUGUUGAGAAAUUGGGAUGCGGCGUGUUUGGUGAAUUGCACUUAUGCGAAACGAAAGGAUUAAGUUCAAAUCUUGUUGCUGUCGCCACAUUACGCCCCGGUGCAUCUGAUGCUAUGAAAAAGGAGUUUCGUAGCAAAGCUAAACAUUUGGCACGUUUGAAUGAUACAAAUGUUGCAAAAAUGCUUGGUGCAUGUUUGCAUGACGAGCCCAUCUGCAUCGUUUUAGAUUAUAGUAAUUGUCAAGGUGAUUUGAAUCAAUUCCUACAGGAACACGUUGCUGAGACUGGCCCAGUGGGCGUACAAAAUAAAUCACUAAGCUAUGGAUCCUUAGUUUAUAUAGCAACACAAAUAGCUUCAGGCAUGAAACAUUUAGAACAAAUGAAUUUCGUACAUCGAGAUCUAGCAACAAGAAGUUGUAUAAUAGGCCCACAACUUGAAGUUAAAGUGUGCUCUAUUGGAACUGUGAUAAAUCGAACUACAUAUCCAGCGGACUACUGCCAACUGGAAGGUACUGGUAGACAAUCACAACCAAUGCCAAUUCGAUGGAUGGCUUGGGAAAGUGUAUUAUUGGGGAAGUUUACAUCCAAGUCUGACGUGUGGUCAUUUGCUAUAACCCUUUGGGAAAUAUUGACUUUUGCCAGAGAGCAACCGUACGAGAACUUGACCGAUGAGAAAGUUAUCGAGAAUAUUGGGCACAUCUAUCAGGACGAUAAGAAACACGUCCUACUUCCUAUGCCAAUGAAUUGUCCACGUGAAAUUUAUGAUUUAAUGUGCGAAUGUUGGCAACGUAAUGACACAAAUAGACCAAAUUUCCGUGAAAUUCAUUUAUUUUUACAACGAAAAAACCUAGGAUAUAAACCACAACCAUCAAUUUACUAACUGGAAUUAAAAUACUUAGACCCGAAAGUACUACUAUUAGGAAGCAAUUGACAUAUAGUCCUCAAUUAGAUGAAUAAACAAAAGAAUAGUGAAAACAAUUGCCAUCACAAAAUAUUCAUCAUUUUAUAAAUCGUAAAUUAAGUUUGUAACCUUCUGCUGUCGAUAUAAAAGGAUUAUAAAAGGAGAAUUUGGAAUUAUAAACGAAUCUGAUCCGAAGAAUUCAUAUCGACAAUGGAUUAGUUGAUUUUUAUAGAAGGACAACUAUAAAUUGAUGAUAAUUUAAAUUAACAUAGACUGCUUAAACACUGAAAAUGUGUCUGUAUUUUAUUAUUAAAAUUCUUUUUUUUAAUAAGAAAUGUACCGAAAGCAUUUAGUAGAAUGUUUCUAAUAACAUGGAAGACGUUUUGAGUCCUAUUUUGUUAUAAAUAAAUAUUUCCCUAUGCUUUUUUUACAAAACACUUUUAAUGCAGAAUUUAAAUAGAAUAAAAAGUAGUAAACUCAAGGGAGACUAAGUAUGAAUUAUAAAGCGAAAAAUACAAUUUUUCAAUCGACAAUGGGAGGAAAAAAUGAUUUCUUCAAAGAUAAUCACGGCCAUAGUAGCAUGCUCUAGUGAUGCGAGCAUUAUAACUAAGAACGAAAUCUGAUACUGAAACGGAAAAGAUUUAAAAAUAAAAGAUUAGAAAAAAACUCUUGGCAUUCAACUGAACGAUUUUAAGAAAAACUUUCCAAACAAGUAUAAUAUUUCUAUACACGGAUAAUAAAGCAACAAACAUUUGUAUAUAUUUAUUUUAAAAUUCAAGAAAAAACAAGAGAAAAACUUGAAAACAGAUAAAAACACACUGACAAGAAGAAAUAAGGUAAAUAUAGCUUGUAAGGUAAGAAAAUGUUGAAAAAGAAGAAAUGAGAAUCAUACAAUUGAACGAUAUAAAAAUUUAAAUUAGAGUUAGAAUUUAGAGCUGAAUAAGAACAAACAAUUUAAAAGAAAUUAUAAAUUCUAACUUUAUGUAUGAAACCAUCUAAACGACUUGAUUUACUGAAAAGCAAACCACAACAAACACAAUUGAUACAAUCGACACGAAUGCCCCCAAGUUUCUGUGAAAUUUAGUACUGUAUUUAUGCAUAUUAUACUUAGAAUAAAUAAUAAAGAAAAAAAAUCGUGAACGCAAAGCAAGGAAUGAAAGUAUUUAUAUAUUGAGAAAAAAAAACGAAAGUAUAUAGUAUAUAUAUAUAUAAAUGUAGAUGUACUGCGGAGAAUGGAACGUAAAUAUUAAGUAGAAUUUAGAAUUAAUUGUAUUUAGAUUAAAAUCAUAUGAUUUUAUUAUUCAUUCAUUUUUUUAUGAAUUUUUUUUUAAUAUCAUAAAGCUAUUGCAGAAAAUUUUUUAUAUAUAUAUAUAAAUGUAUUUCUUAUUUUCAUUUUGUAUCUGUUCGUGUAAAUAUAUUUGAGGAGCAUGAGAUGAUAACAGUCAAUAUUUAAAACUAUAAAUAUGUACGCAAAUAUAGUUUGUCUGGAUAUUGUUAAAUUUUAUUUUGUAUGGAAAAAUUGAUUUUUCAAAAUUUUAUUUUUAUUAUUCUUGUAAUAAAAAAUCUACAAACAUCAAUAUUUUAUUUUAUUUUAUUCAACACUUUCACUUUACCCCAUGGUUAUAUUUUCCCUCCAAUUGGACCUGGAAUGAUAUUUUAUUAUCAUCAUUGAUACUUUGGGAAUUUUCAUUCCCAAAUGUUUACUGGAAGAAAUUUUCAGAAUAUUAUUUUUACAUUUCAGCUCUGACCUUUGUUUAAAUCAAUUAAUUCAUUAUGACACAUAAAUUUCUUGGAAAAACAUUAAAAAACACCUUUUUAAUUCGUUCAAAUUACUUUUAUUUCUGAAAAUUCAUUGCAUAUAGAGCUCAAUAUAUUAUAAAUAAAUUUGCAACGAAUGACUAAAUAUAAAGUCAACCAAAAAAAAAUCAAAGCAAUUUGAAUUAAUUGUAAAUUUGUAAAUUCAAUUAAACUGAUUGACUUUUUUUAAAAAACAAAAGAAAAAAAGAUAUUUUAGCUGAUCUCUCUGCUCGCCUUUUGUACAUAUUUAUUCAUGGAACUUAGAUAAUAAUUUAUUAUUGUUCCUCUGUAUUUAUCAAUAAUAUGGUUAAUGCCGGACCAUUUUGUAUGCAUUGGAAGCUACCUUUAUAGGGUAAUCAGCAUUAAAUGUAUAAAAUUACUCUACAAACUUCUAUAUAUAUACAUUACUUCUCUUUAUUUUUUCAAUUCGUCUAUUUUAUCUCACAUCUUCUUUCCUAAUUAAUUCUCAAACUAAUUUCGCAAUCCGUUAAAAAAAACCCCUUCUUUUCGGUUUCUAAACUAGAGAACAAAAACGACCUUAUUAACUUUAAAAGAUAAAAAUGAAUAUAAAUUGAAAUGAAUCUACAAUUAGAUACAAUAAAAAAAAUCCUAACCAGUUAGACAAAAAGAAAAGAAGAUGGAAAGAUCACUAUGUAUUUAUGUAUCUAUUAAAUGAAAAAACGGAAAAAAAAGACAACAAUACUAUAUUUGAACUAAAUACUAUACUAUUUAUUUCACCCCUAAGGAUUGUACGAAUAAUUUUGACAAUAACUAUUUGCGAGGAAAAGAUAAAAGAAAAUUGAAGAGAAAAAGAAUUAUUGAUUAUGAAUAUUAUUCGAUCAUGAUAAUGAUAUGAGAACGGAACCUAAUGCUUAUUAUAAAUCAUGAUUAUCGAUAGUAUUUAUCUGAAAUGCUAAUAUCACUUUUAAUGAUAUUGGAAAAAAAAACAAAUGAAAUGUAUGUGGGUAGACUAUCCUUUUUUUAAAAAAAGAAAAUUUGUUUUUGCCCCUUUUCACUCUAAAACUCGAUUUUUAAUUUAAUGAAAAUAUUUUCGCCUAAAAAUUAUAAUUUUUAUAAUUUAAUUGAGUAGCAAACAAAAGAAAUAGGAGGAGAUCUAUGCAGCAUUUUCCUGGUAUUGAAACAAGUCAUUGCAUGGAUUUUGAGUAAUUGAAAUAUGCAGUAACCCCUCUCACCACUCCUCUUUGUCCUUGUUAUGGACACCGUCACACGGGAUAUCCAACGUCCAGCGCCCUAUACACACUGCUUUAUGCAAAUGAUGUUUUCCUAGCAUCUGAU